CAACAGCAGGUAGGUCAGUUAGGCUGUCUGGUUAUGUAUGCAAACUAAGAAUAAUUAACUUAAGAUGAUAGCCCCGACGUGAAUUGUCGGGAUUCUAUUCACCGUGCCUUUCAAAAGGAGCAGAGGGCAGCGUGGAGCCGGGGGAUGUGAGCUAAACGCACGGGUAUGUCGCAAGUGAACAAGCGUAAAUUCGUGUGACUUCAGAACACAUCUGGAAUUUUAGCAUAAAAAUGGUCAAUUUAUUAAAGAUGACAUCAACGCUAACCGCUGUUUUACUCCUAACGACAAUCUGGCUGAUAGAUGGAACUUAUUGCCUUCCAUGGUCUCUACAAUCACCGGAUUCAACAUGCAGUGAGCACUGUUUUACGGGAUGCAGCCCUGACACAGGUAUCUGUGAUGACUGUGUUGGAGGAUGGUACGGUGAUCUCUGUCAGUUCGCCUGCGAUGAAAACUGUGCCUUGUGUAAUCGCACUAAUGGUGAAUGUAUUGAAUGUUCUCGUGGUUGGUAUGGAGAGUUUUGCGACCUCGCAUGUGAAGAAAAAUGCCAGUCUUGUGACAUUAUUAAGGGUAGCUGUCAAAAAUGCAAGGCAGCUCGAUGGGGACCGGAUUGCACCAAAAACUGUCAUGAAAACUGCAUUUCUUGCGAUAUAGCGACAGGAGAAUGUCGUUCCUGUAAUGAAGGUUAUUACGGUAUCAACUGUACAGAGACAUGUGGACAUUGCUGGAAACGAGACUGUGGUCGGAUAUCCGGCGAAUGCGUUUACGAGUGUGAAGAAGGGUGGUUUGGUGCCAGAUGCAAAGAUAGAUGCCUAGAAAAUUGUUCUGUGUGUAUCGAUCAAGACACAUGUUCAAUAUGUCAUCCAGGUUUGGCAGGAAUUAAAUGUGAUAUAAAAUGUCCCAGUGUAUGCAGUGAGUGUAUGUACGACCCUACGUCUGACCUGGUAUCAUGUACUGCGUGUUCUGCUGGCCUCAAACUUCCGGCAAAGGACUGCAUAUGUCGUGAUGAUAUGUGUCUUGAGUUUAGCAAGGACAAAAGUGAAUGUACCAAAUGCAAAAAUGGAACAGUUCAGUAUUUGGGUACAUGUUGUCCGUGUGCUCACUGCAGCGGAGGCAAUGACAAUUGUCAUAGUACUCAAGGUUGUACAAAAGGAUGUGAAGAAGGGUUUUACUCCACAGAGUCUGGAUGCGAUUUACCAUGUGGGGACAAACACUGUACUCUUUGCCAAUUGACACGAGGUAAUGCCAAGAUAUGUACUUUGUGCGAGGACGGGUGGUAUCCUAACAACGAAGGGUGCAAUGAUUGUAGCGAAAACUGUGCUGGGGACGGUCACCCUUGUAACAACGAAACAGGUGUUUGUUUGAAUGGGUGUAAUGAAGGAUGGCAUAGCAAUCACUGCGACUCAAAGUGCAACGAGACAUGCGUCAUUUGUGACAAUGAUCAAGGUAUUUGUAAGUCAUGUGAUCUUGGCUAUUGGGGCAUUCAGUGUGAAAACCUAUGUCCAGAUAACUGUAAACUGUGCAAUAUCACGAGUGGAGCUUGUUUUAUCUGUGAAAAGGGCUACAUUGGACCAAACUGCACUGACGCAUGUAGAAACUGUAAAGAAGAACAAUGUCAGUUAGACACUGGCAUAUGUAUCGUAGGAUGCAAGGAAGGUUGGUUUGGCGAUGCAUGCAGUCAGCGAUGCCCACCAGGUUGUCUUUCUUGUGAUAACCCCGAAUCCUGUCAGGAAUGCUUGCCAGGCUUGACUGGAAAUCUGUGUAAGCAGAAAUGUCCACAAAAAUGUAAAGAAUGCUUUUAUGAUGAUUUUACUGAAGAAGUGCAUUGUGAAAGCUGCAUCAGUUCAUAUGACGUAGAAGAAAAGUCAUGUGAGUGUACAAAUUCAAAAUGCAAAGAAUAUGAAACAGAUACAAAGCGAUGUAAAUCAUGCGAGCAAGGUUGGUUUCCGUACAUGCACUCUUGCUGUCCAUGUUCCUCAUGUGAUCAAGGACAAGGCAUAUGUCAGCGUAUAAAUAAGUGUUCCGAUGGGUGUGGUACAAAUCCUAAAAGCUCAGAGAUUUCAGGAUGUAGUACAAAAUGCGCUGUUUCUAAUUGCGAUUGGUGUGAAGUAAACAGUACGGGAUCUGAGAACUGUCUAAUGUGUUCCGAAGGAUGGUACCCCACCAUUCAUGGAUGCCAGUCUUGCAGUAGUCAUUGUGCUGGGGCUGGUAGAAAAUGUGACAAUAUUUCCGGAAUUUGUCUUCAAGGAUGUCGACAUGGAUGGCACGGCGGGCGUUGUUUGACCAGAUGUAAUGAACAUUGUGCACAAUGUAACGAGAAAUUGGGUCUAUGUGAAACAUGCGACUCUGGUUUCUGGGGGGAUGAGUGCGAAAACACUUGUGAAGAAGGAUGCAAACAAUGCACGUCAACUAUGGCCGAGUGUGGAUCGGAUAAGACCUAUUGCAAUCGAACAUCUGGGUACUGUCUAUACGGGUGUAAUCCAGGACUAUUUGGCGAAACGUGUGAUACCCACUGUAAAAGAUGCAAACUUGAUAAGUGUGACCAAGAGAACGGCCAAUGCCUAUCGGGUUGUAUAAAAGGCUGGAAAGGACUUCACUGCGAUGUGAGAAUUUCCAGCGGGUUCGAGCCAAUGAUGGGACCGGUCGUAGGCGGGGCGGUAGGAAUGGGCCUAGUCAUCAUCAUCAUGAUCGUAGCUUUCAUCUGUUUCCUAAGGAAACAGAAACUAUCGGCAUCUCUGAAAAUCCGCAGACAUCACCAACAUCAUCAUCACCACGCAAAUCAUCAUCCUCAUCACCAUAAGAAAAAAACGUCAAAAGGAUAACAAUUUUAGCCCAGAGACUUCCUGUUUUCAUCUGUUCAUCUCCAUUACUUAAAGAAAUAGGUCAUAUUGCGAGACGUUCUGAUGAAAUACGGUCAACAAUUACGUAACCUUAUUGUCAGAUAUGUCGAUCUAAGAUUACACCCUAGAUAUGUCGAUCUAGCAUUUCACUCUAGAUAUGUCGAUCUAGCAUUUCACCCUAGAUACGUCGAUCUAAUAUUACACCCUAUAUAUGUCGAUCUAGCAUUUCACCCUAGAUAUGUCGAUCUAAUAUUACACCCUAGAUGUGUCGAUCUAGCAUUUCACCCUAGAUAUGUUGAUCUAGCAUUUAUUAUUAGAUUAAGCCGACAUGUAUGCCUUUUUAAAUACUCUGCUCUGUUCAAGCUUUGCCUGAAUGUUUGUUUCUUACGAGAAGAUGUACAUUUUACGAUAGACUGAAGAAGUUGAAUUACUUGUCCAUUUUGUCGAUAUAGAUACCAUUGAUUGAGAUAAUCUAGCAGAGUGAUCCUUUUAUUGGAUUUGUACUUGUUGUACCGAAUAGGCAGGAUUGCGACCGUCUCUACAAAAUAUUCCCUUAAAACAUAAACCGAUUAUGUUUCUUUUUUUCAUCAGCAAAUAAUGAUUCUCUGCGUCGUCUUUAACCAACAACAGUUUGCUUGACGAUUGAAGACUCGCAGUUCUACCAUUUAGAACCGAGAAAGCGAACCAAGCGAAUUGGUCCGGAUCUAGAUCUGCUGGUACGGCGCGUUCUAUUACGAGUACAGCAAAUUCGUACCAGUACCUGUUAUACCAACCCGAUAAGUGAAUGCAUGGCUUAUGGAAUGUGUUAAAACAGCUUUUUUCAGUUGAUUUGUAUAUUUGUUCAUGGACAAAUGUUAAUUUUUGUAUGUUAUCCAAAAAUAAAUUAGCCUCUUGUGUUGUGUAUGUGUUUAGUAUAAAUAUCUUGACAACAAAGGAAAGGAAAGUCAGUUCCAAUGUUCAAUGUGCACAGUGUUAUAUGUAUUUCUUUAUAUAAUGUACAUCGAUAUAUUAGUCCCGAAUGGUGACUCUUAAAUACAGUAUUCAUAUGCUUUGUUUGUUUUACUUGUAUAUUACAUGCAUUUGAAUCAUUUUUAUAUGAAUAUAUGGUAUCGGACUAAUGCAAGCACGAGUGACAAUUUGUGGUGUGUGGUUCGAUCUACAACAGGACGGUCUGGUUGUGUCAUUGAGCCAGACAAACUUUACCGGAAAUGGUCCGUUAUAGCAAGCUAGGGGACUGCCGUAUGAUCAGUGAGGUAGCUACCAACUACAACAAAGCUAUCCUACCCAACAAAGUGUCAAAUACAACCAUGGAAAUAGAUUACCUAAAUGUCACAACAAAAUGUUUGCUUUCUUCUCUGGUGUAAUCAUUUACGCAAAUAUAAAAGCCAGUAAAAAAUGACAUCUUUUAGAAUGCUAUAGAAAGUUACAUGUAAAACUACAACAGAUUUACUUCAUAUUUUCACAGGCAUGCUUUUGUUCAUAUCAAUCAAUCCAUUUUGUACAAUUGAAAUCAUCUGUAAAAUAUUUCAUAGACUAAAUACAUUUGAAUUUAAUAUUCAACAAAACAAAUGAUAAUUUUGUCACAACUUUCGAUUUCUUUGAUAAAAGGUCGGAUCUUGAUAUCUGCAUAGUUAUGUACAGUGCAUAAAAGUAAAAAUCUAUAAGUGUAGUAAAGUUUGGAUUUUAAUUACGGUUGAAAAAUGAACGCGUUUGUGUUUUCUUGAAUCAAAUACGUGCAAAUAUGCUAACAACGAACCUUUCUCGUCUAUUCCUAGUUAGAAACAGUGACCAGCUUUUCGUUGACAUAUACCGCAUUUUGUUAUUGUAUAAGGCAUUUGUUGGGCAAGAUAUGAUUUCCGUUAAAUAAAGUUGAUAUAUAUGCAUGGAUUAAUUUUAUGCGCAAUAGUAUGUUGUAUAGGCGAAUACCUGUAUAUACAGAAAUAAAUUGUCAACAAUUAUG